AUGGCAGUACAUUGUGGUGGCAAAAAACAAAAAGUCUCACAUAUUAAUUCAAAUUCAAACAGUAAUCAUCAACAACAGAAUAAACUUUUUUCAAAUGGUAUCGAUUCAAACUCAACUUCAACAUCUUCAUUAUCUUCAAAUACCCAAAAUUUUCAUUCCCGUUCGUCUCAACAACAAAAACAUAACAAUUCAAUAAAUCAUUUGAAUACUAAUCAUAGUACAUCUCAUUCAAAUCAUCAUCAUCAUCGACAACGAUCACAAUCACAAUUUAAUCAUCAUUCAAAUCACAUACCCUCGUCAAUAACAACAACUACUGCCACAGUGUCUAUAAUGCCACACGAUCUAUCACGAAAUCCAGCCAAUAGUGCAUCUUCAUCCGCAUUAUCAUACACAUUUUCAAAUCCACAAGCAACAAAUUCUAAUAAUAGUAAUCAUCAUUAUCAUCAUAAAAUGAAAAAUCGACAUUCGACUAAUCACGAUGUUGACGGUAUGGAUGAAGAUGAAAUCGAUGAUGAUGAAAUGGAAGAUGGUCACGAUAGUACAUCUUCAUCAAAAUUAAAUAAUCAUAACGUCUCAAAACGUGUUGCAACAACGAAGUCUUCUUCAUCUUCAACGAAUCAAACUCAGCAACAACAACAACAAGCGAGUAUUAUUCAUGCUGAUAUGAUUUAUUAUUGUUUUGAUAUAUUAGGAAAUUAUUUAUUUAAAAAGGAUUUUUUAUUUUCAUCGUUACCAUCCUCCUCAUCUUCGUCAUCAUCAUCCAAGAGUGGUAGUAAUACAUCAACCACAAUUAGUUUUAAUAUUCCACACGAUGUUCAUUAUCCAUUAUUUGUUACAUGGCUUAUUGGUCCAGAAAAAAAAUUACGUGGAUGUAUCGGUACAUUUACACCAAUGAAUUUGUUACAAGGUUUGAAAGAAUAUGCUCUAACAUCAGCUACAAAUGAUAGUCGAUUUAAUCCCAUAACACGAGAUGAAUAUGGUCAAUUACAUUGUGCUGUCAGUAUAUUGACAAAUUUUGAGGUCGCUUAUGAUUAUCUAGACUGGGAAAUUGGUAAACAUGGUAUACGCAUUGAAUUUUUAAAUGAACGUGGUUCGAAACGUAGUGCCACCUAUUUACCUGAAGUAGCUCAUGAACAAGGAUGGAAUCAUAUUCAAACAUUAGAUUCAUUAUUACGUAAAGGUGGUUAUAAAGCAACAAUAACAAAUGAUUUACGAAAAUCUGUUCAGGUUACACGUUAUAGAAGUGAAAAAUUAACAUUACAUUAUAAUGAUUAUGUUCAAAAUCGACAAACUCUAAUUGAAACAACGACAACAACUGUAACAACAACAAUUGAAAGACGAACAACAUCAUUAUUAGGGAAUUAUACAACAAGACAACAACAAUUCUAG